AGAGAGAGAUUGAGAGAGAGAGAGAGAGAGAGAAUGGGUUGGAUUGCGGCGAACUUGGAGUCCAUCCGUGCUCUUCAGAUCAGGCAACUGCUCACGCAAGCCGUCACUUUAGGUAUUAUUUUAUCUUCGGCACUUAUGAUAUGGAAAGGGCUAAUGUGUAUUACCGGAAGCGAAUCGCCUGUUGUUGUUGUUCUGUCAGAGAGCAUGGAACCAGGUUUUCAGAGGGGUGAUAUACUGUUCUUACACAUGGGCAACGACCCUAUUCGUGCUGGUGAAAUAGUCGUAUACAAUAUCAAGGGACGGUCUAUUCCAAUUGUCCAUCGCGUGGUUGAGGUCCAUCAGCGCCAAGCAACCGAAGAACUUGACAUUCUUACAAAGGGAGAUAAUAACCGUGAAGAUGACAGAACCGGUCUAUUAUAUUCUCCUGGUCAGCUUUGGCUUCAGCAACAUCAUAUCAUGGGGAGAGCUGUAGGGUUUUUACCAUAUGUCGGUUAUUUUACAAUUAUCAUGACUGAUAUGCCAAUUUUGAAGUAUGUUCUGAUUGGUUCCUUGGCAUUGCUGGUCAUUACAUCAAAGGAGUAGAAAAUUUACUGGGUUCCCUAUUCCUAAAUGGUGGCUUGGACAAAUGAAUAUGAGAGAGAGAGAGAGAGAGUCAAUUUUUGAGUAAUUAAUUCAACUGAAUAUGUAUUGUUAAUCUUAUUCAGGCUUAGCAAAGAUUUGUUUUUUUUUUCAUUUUCUUUACUUUUAUAGCUUAUAAGAAACAGAUUUUUUCCUUAAA